AUGGAGAACCCCAAAAUGGCGACAAAUCAGCCUCAAACGCUCUCCCAUGCUCUGGCAGCGACUAACCUUGUAGACACAUCGCACGCACCUCUCAGUCAUGAUGAGUCCGUCUUCGACCUGGGCUGGGAUCAAAAGGCUGAUCACAAGGGAAGACCAUGGAUCAAGGGUCUACAUAAUGAAGACGUGUGGGCGCUGGUGCGAAGGCUCAACAAGGAGGUUUUUGAGCUCAAGGCAACCAACAAGAUUCCCUAUGGAGAUUUGGACUUGGUCGUGGCGGAGAAAUCGGAGUGUUCUCCCAACAAGCUACGCAGUGAAGUAGAGAGGCUCUAUAUGGGAUUGUUACUUGGGAUGUUUGCAUUUGCAAAGUCCAUUUCACGACUGCGCUCAUGGCACGAGCCUAGAAGGACUGCUGCAUUCUGCGCAGUCUAUUUUCUCGCAUGGUUUUUCGACUUUCUUCUACUCGCAGUAAUGGGCAUGGUAAUUGCAUAUAUUGCGUCACCCAAGGCUCGGACGAUUCUCUUUCCACCAGCACCACUGUCCAUGGUUGACAUGACUACGGGCGACAUUGUUAAGCCAAUGGCUGGCGUUCUCGGUUCGACAGAUGCGGCGACAGGGGCCCCCCAAAAUUUGAAGGGCGAGGCUGUUGAGAAUGAAGCCAGUAAUUUCGUAACAAGUGUGGCGGCCAUCGCUACCAACUUGCUAAUGGGUCAAGAUCCUCAUGGGGCGCCCGGAGAAGUAGGGGGAGGUAGCAGACAGGGAUUCAAACCCCAGCUAGAUGUCACGACCAUGGCCGUUGUCAAAGACAAAGCCGAGGGUAUGGACAGACCAUCUCAAGAUAAGACCAAGGCGCCAAUGGAGGAGGAGGUGUGGAAUCAAAUGACACCACUGCUUCACAUCUUGAUUUUAGUCUCUGACACUUGGGAGCGUUUCUUAAACAUGCUGAAUCCCACGCCUCCUUUCGACCGAGAGAAACACCACCUCCGCUUGGCAACGUAUAUGUCGCCCUUAGCCAUAGCAUCCUUGUUCUUGACCAGAGAAAUCGUGGUCAGAGGCUUGACGUUCAUGUUCGGUGUUGGUCUUUUUGGAGGCCCCCUGAUUGCACGGGCUUACCAAUACUUGAACGAGAAUAAAUGGACAGAGGUUUUCCACCUAAACAAUACUCUCUUCAAAGGAGUUCCGACCAAUUUACAAGUAGCGUUGACGCUUCUACGGUUAGGAGAGGCGAACAAGGCCCCCAUCCCGCCUCCAGCACGUGCCCACCGUGCCCCUCCCGAAGAGCCCAUCACGGUAGACGAGGAUGUAAUCGAUGCCAUGGGCGGUGACCAGCCACUUGGCGCUUCUCAGUCCAAGCUUGACGAGAUGGCUGAGCGGGACCCAGAGAUGACGGAUCAUGCCGGCGGCGAGGAUACCGAGGUACAACAAGCCGUCGGGCACGGCAAGAAGCGCGAGAAAGUGUUUGGGCUCAUCAAGAGCGGUGCGAAAGAAGUGGCCAAGGCAGCCAGCGGCGUCGAAAAGAUCAGGGCCAAGACGGGAUCGGAGCACGCGAAGCAGCGUGUUGGCGUGAUUCCCUCAUCUCACAACGGCCCGCAAAUCAUCGGGCCUGUGGAGUUCAGCGCUCGUUACGAAGGACAACAGGGUUUCGUAUAUGUCAACUCGACGGCCGAAGUGCCGUUUGUGGCGUUUAACCGGAACUCUCUCGACAAAGGUGAUCUCGAUACCGUUUGGGCUGUCAACAUUGAGGGCAUAACGCAGCUGAGAAAACAUUCGGGCCACGGUAUGAAGUCAAAGCUUGCCGCGGGCUGGGCGACCGAUGGACCCAUCUAUGACAGUCUGAGGAUUACUGACCAAAAUGGCAAAGACUGGGUGGUUACGGCUCUUCCUUACCGAGAUGCCCUGUUCAAUCGACUUUGCGCGAUUGGAAAGGAUGCUAAAUGGGAGGUCUGGUAA